AUGCUGGACGCCAGCAUCGCUAUAGCUGCUAUCGUUGCCUGUCAAAGUGAUCUGAUUUGUAACGUGGAUGUGGGUGGUGCGGAAGAUGUUGUAGCCUGGGAAUAUGGUCGGCAACAGAAGGCGUGGGCGGCGCAAGGAAAACGCUCGCUCAAUGCUUGCGCCCGUUCUGAGCCUGCUCGUUCUCUUCGAGCCCGGAACAUCAAGCGCCGUGAACUCAAGACCCGCGAGCUUCGUGAGAGGCUAGCCACAUCUGACAAAUCUCGUAUGAACCUUCGCACUGCGGCUGACCUCGCGAAGUGGGACGCUAUCAGCCACAAUCAAACCGGAGUUUCUAAUGCGGCCACCGUCUUUGAUACUGAAACCAGCUGUAUUUUCGCGCCUGUUAUUAUCGAUAGUCCUUACUCGUCUGGGGGAGUGCCCAUGCACGUGGAGAUUCAUGGAAUUUCCGACCAAGGAAACUAUGCAGCUGAUGGCUGGAACAGCACGUACUUGCGAGACAUUCAGCCUACUGACAAGGACGGUGUUGUUUUCUUUGAUACCAUCUUCCCUGGUCACUACUCCGGUCGUGCAACUCACACUCAUCUUCUAAUUCGCAGCAACGCGACCCUGCUGCCCAAUGGGACGCUUCUCGUGAACUCAGGCUCUAUCACCCAUAACGGUCAACUGUUCUUCCACGAGGAGCUGCGCUCCGCUGUAGAGGCAACAUAUCCCUACAAAACCGACACAAUUGCUGUCACUAGCAACGCCGAUGAUCAGUGGGCUAAGCGGAGUAUGACCCCUUCGAGGACUAUUGCUGCCUAUAUCCAGGCUGAUGGUGGCUUUGAGAUCACUGGCGCUCAUAAGUUCACAAGGGGCAAUGAUUUCUGCACGGUUAUUAUCUAUUCCCAGAACUACGGGUGA